AUGACUAUAUCCCACAUCGCCAUCCCUACAGCUCGUUCAGUGAGCGCGUUCACCCCGGCCAGCCUCCAGAAACACCUGAGCACUACGCCCAUUCUUCCCCUCCACCUGCCAAACAUUGCUGCCGCAUGGCCGGCACUGGCCUCUUGGAGCCUUAAAGAUAAUCUUCGAAUCCUUCGUGAUCGAAUUGGUGAAGAGAGGGUGGCCGAGGUCGAGCUGGGAAAGAGUGGUCGCGGUUAUCUAGACCAGGAAUGGCAAAAAAUCAACAUGCCUUUUGGACUAUUCUUGGAUGCCUUUAUAUUCAACCUCAUACCUUCCUCCGAUCCCUCUUUCAAGUUGCCAACGGCAUAUCUUGCUCAAUCUGAUCUCCUUGACUCAACUACGUCUCUGCUAUCGGAUGUCCCUCCCUUGCCUCACUUCUACGUGGGCAAAGAGAAAAGCCUGUAUAGGCGGACGAUAUGGAUCGGGCCGGCGGGAAGCUUUACCCCAUUCCAUAAAGAUCCAUAUAUGGGUAUAUACACGCAGAUCGUAGGUCGGAAGAUCUUUCAUGUGGUUCCGCCUGCCGCAUCCCCACAUCUCAAUCCGUCGCCAAAGCCAUUACACGCCAAUACCUCGCAGAUUCCCAUUCCUGUCUCCCGAAUCGUCUCUCCUCUCUCAGAAUUUGCGGAUCUCGACGAUCUCCCGCCAAAUACGUUGGUAGAAUGUAGAGACAGAUUGCGUCGAGCAUAUGAGCUCGAAGGAGGCUGUCAGGUUGUAGUUGGCCCUGGUGAGAGCGUGUUGAUACCCGAAGGAUGGUGGCAUGCCGCCGAGGGCAUAGAUGGGCCAGGAGUUGGUGUGGGUGCUUGGUUCAGAUGA